AUGACUUUGUAUAUUACAUUAUCACACAAAAAUAUAUAAAAUAUAUGGAGAGCUCAAAAGCCAAUUAGUAUAAGACAUCUGUCAUUAAAAAUAACUUAUGCCAUGCAAAUAUUCUUUCAAUCAUUACAGUAUGGACAUUAUAAUACAAUUAUUAUGACAUUAUAACUAUUUCAUGGACUAAAGGUUUUGAUGAGAAAAAUUACUUGCACUGAUUGGAUUCUGAGUCGUCAAUAUUUCCAGUAUUUCUUAUAUUAGUGAGUGAAAACAAUUUUCAAUUUCAUUUCUUAUAAAAAUAUAAAUUUAUAUAAAGUAUAUUUGAAUGAAGAUUCGAAGAAGAUCUCCUUGUUAAUAUGUUAAUUAUUUCCUUUCUUAGUUCACAAUAUAUCGUACACAAUAUAUAUGCCAUAAAUACCGAUUCGAGGAAAGAAUUUGAUCUAUGUAGAGGUUAUAUGUUCCACGUAAUAGUAUGUUUGACUCACAUUUUGAAAUAUAUUCUCGUCUUUAUCUUCAUCGGUAUACUUUUCUGAUGAAAUAAAGUAUCGAGCAAUGGCAUCGUGAAAUUGAUUAAACAUGCACCUUUCAAUUUCGCUUAUUCAAUCUCGGCUAUACCUACAACGUACGUUGUUAAAUGAUGCAUAUAUUAACCGAACCUCUAUUAUUUUAUCCUUGACUAUGUUCAAUAUAAUCAUUAUUUCGUCAUUCGUUUUUUUUUUGCUUAUGUCACUUAAUGUUUUGCCAAUUCAUGUGUUUACAUAAAUUGGCUAGACACAUUUAUGUUGUUAAAUGUAAGUUGGAUUAAUAAAGUCCUUAAAUAUAAUAUAAUUUAAUUAAUUUCUCACAUUUAAUAUAUUUUUUAUAAUUUAUUUAUUUUAUCUAUUUUUAUAAUUUAUAAAUAUAUUUUUUUUAAUUUAUCUAUUUUUAUUUGCCAGUUUUAUUAUAAAAAAAUAAUUUUAUAUAUGUGACGAAGGAAAAAAUCUGUAAAAAAAUUAUUUUUGUAUAUAUAGCAUAGCACACAAAGCAAAAACAUUUGAUUAUAUUAUAUUUAAUUAUUAAUUAUUAAUUAAGUACUUGCAAAUUUUAAAAAUGUAUAAAUAUAUCAGAUUUAAAAAUAUUAACAUUAUAUUACAGUAAGAAAAUAUUAGAACAUUUCAUUAUAAAAAAUAAAAAGUAUUUUUUUGUAACUUUUUUUAUUUUCAUUAACAAUUAUGAACUUUGAUCUAGAAUCAAAAUUAUCAUUAUCUUGUAUGUGAUUAAUAUAAUCAAAUUGUAGUUUAAGUUAUAUUCUUAAAUGUCUGAAUACUAUAUAUAGUAACUUGUAUUUUGUUAUGCAUUUUAUCUAAUGACUAUCACUAUGAACAAGUGCGUGUUGACAAGGUAAAAAUAUGAAGUAUUAAGUAUUACUUUAAAUUAUGCUGUUUCUUGUCUAAUGUCUAAUUCUGUUCAAAAAAUAUUUUUCGCUCCUUCUUGUAAAUGUACCUUUUUGAAUUGUGUUACAUCACAUUAUCAAAUAUGAGACUUUUUUGUUUUAAAUAUUGCAUCAUUUAAACAAUUAUUUAUCACCUUGAAAAAGUCAUUUAAAAUUUACAUUAGACUUCUUUAGACUUCUUUACUUCUAUGCAUAAUAUUUCUUAUUAUCUAUAAAAGCUUAGUAAACAUAAUUUUACUAAGCUUUUUUUUGAAUUAACUUUUAAGAUCUUAGAAAUCAUAAUAAACUAUUUUUAAAAAUAUUUUAAAAUAGAAAUAAAAUUUUAUAUUAAUUAAUUAUUAUUUGUUUUUAAGAACUUCCUAAAAUUUUUUAAAUUACAAGAUAUUAAUUAUUCUGACUUUUCAGAAGUGCAAGAUGAAAAAAAUCUUUAUAUUUUUAAAAUAUAUAGAGAGAAGGAAAGAUAUAUAAAUUUCUUUAUUCUUUGAGAUUUAUAAUUAUAAUACAUUAUAAAUCAAUUAAUACAUAGAAUUUCAGAAUUCUAUUAAAAAAUUAUCAUAUUUCUAUUUCUUUAUAACAUUUAAUUUAUCUUUUACAAAAUACAUAGCUUCAACCAUCUUUUAAUCUUUCUCACAAAUAUUAAAUAUUUUGUUAUUAAUUACGAAAUUUCUAUUUUAAUCUUCUUUAAUUUAGAUCUCAAGUUCUUUGAAUCUCGAAGAACAAGUAAAAUGCUUAAAACUUCCGUCAAUGCUUACAUAGUAAUUAUACAUAGUAUUUAAGUAUGCUUAAACAAGCAUGUUUAAAUAAAUUAUUAUUAAAAAAUCGUUAUGAUAAAAAUGUUUAACUCUUAAAGAUUGCUCAAUUUGUAAAGUUAGGCAUGUAUUUACAUGAAUAUGUUAUCUAAUUGGGUGUAUAUAUUGAAUUUCUAAAAUCAUUAUUAUAUAUUCUUACAAUAAUUACAUCUGAAGACAAUGAAUUAUUAUUGAAUUAUUAUUAUUAUUAUUAUUAACAUAUAAAAUUUACAAAUUUUGCAUUUGAUUUAAACAAAUAGUUUUGCAUAAAAAAUAUUAAAACUGUGAAAAUUUAGAUUCAUAAAUUAUUCGAAAUAUCGAUGCUAUUUAAAUUUCAAUUUCAUUGCCUCUUUUUAUCCAUUAAGAUGUAACAUUGUCAUUGAUGAUAAUAUGUUCACAACUUAUAUAUAAGUAUAUUAUCCCUACUACUAUUUGACGCAUUUUGCGGAGAAUUACACUUCCAUUCAGAUAAAGUCGAUUGUAAUAUUUUGUACGCAAUACGAAUGUUGAAUUUCAUUUUUAUUUAAAAUUAUUAAUUUCUUCUUUUUUACAUGCAUAUUAAUAUAAUUUUGUUUCUAUCUUUACUUCUAUUUAUGUUAUACAUUAUUUUAAAUUUUUCAUGCACACAUAUCAAAAUUAUCACGCUUUAAUAUUUUUCCCUGUAUUCCUAUGAUAAAUUUGCAAAAGAAAUAAUAGAAGGAAAGGUUUUACUACUUUUUUAUAUGCAAGAAUAGAUUUUUUAAAUCUCACAUGGCUUUUGUUUAUAAUAAUAACUAUAAUAAUAAUUACUUGAUAUUAUAUGAAAACGAUUAAUAAAUAUUUUGAAUUAUUAAUUUUAUUUAAAAUUAUUAGGUACAUAGAAUUGCGUUUAUAUAAACUUGUUGGCAGAUAAGUAGUUCAUAUAUAAUUGCUUUUUAUAUAAUUGUUUUCUUCUUGGUUCUUUCCUUAAUUAUUUUUCAUUCAUAUAGAAAUUUAGAUUCAAAUAAGUAGAUUCAACUAGCAAACAUUCAUUUAAUCAAGUAUUGACUUGAUUCAAAUAAACGGUGUUCUAUUCUAAUAAAAUUUUAUAUUUAUAAUAAUAAAUGUAAUUUUAUGAUUAUUUUUUAAUAAAUCUCUAUGAUUUUAAAUGCAAAAUUCAUUCAAAACUGUAUAGAAAUUCAUUCAUUUUAUAUUAAUAAUAUACGAGUUUUAUAGAUUAUUAAAGUAAUAAUAAAUUUAUAAUAUAUAAUAUAUAUUAUUAAGUAAUUAUUAAAUAAUAAUAUAUAUUAUUAAAUAAUAAUUAAGUAAUAAUAUAUAUUAUUAAAGUAAUAAUAAAUAUAUAAAAUAAUAUAUGAAGUUUUAUAGAUUAUUAAAGUAAAAAAGAUGAUAGUUAUCAAUUUAAAGAAAUUUUAAAAAAUUUAUUCAUCGUAUAUUAUAUCUAAAAAAUUGUAAAAUUCUAUUCUUUUUGUACUAAACAAUAUAUAUAUAUAUAUAUAUAUAUAUAUAUAUAUAUAUAUAUCGUAUUAUUAAAAUUACAUGUUAAUGGUAUUUUUGACGUUAAAAUCUUCUGUUCUGACCUGUUUCCAAAGUUUUUCUAAUGGAAAAAUGAUUAAUUUAUUAAUCUUCUUUAUUUUCUUAAACAUAAGAAAAUAAAUUAUUUUAUAAAAUUUUGUAAAAUUAUUUUGUAAAAUCAAGUUUAACUUGAUUCUUUUAUGAUGUAUAAGAUUAUGAUAUAUAAGAAAAAAAUCUUUAUGUGAGUAAAUUUUCUUUCUGUUUAAAAAAUGAAUAAAUUUUUUAUGAAAUAUGUAAACAAAUAAAUAAAAAUAAAAAAAAUAUAUAAAUAAUAAAAAUUAUACUUUCUAUUCGAGAUAGAAAUUGAUUUUAAAAUAGUUGCAAAAAAUAUAAUUUGUUUCACCUUGUUUUUAUUUGAUACUAUAAUCAAAUUUUUUUCUAAACAACACAACUUAUUAGUUUUUUUACUCAUUUUUUUACUGCUUUUGAGCUUUUAAUAUAAGCUUAUACAAUAAUAUUUAUUUGUAAUCUUUUAUUCUAAACAAAUUCAAAUUAUAUUUUAAACAAAUUUUAAACAAAUUUGUAUGUAGCUAUAUUUAAAAUUUUUUCACAUUAAUUAAAAUAUAUAAGUUUCACAUUAAUUAAAACGUGUGUUUUAAUUGAACUAUCAUUCAUAAUUUGCAAAUGGAAAUAUAAUAUAUAAUAAUAAAAUAAUAAUAAAAUUGAUAAUAAAAAUUUUUUAUAGAAAUCGUAUGAAAUAUACAAUCAAUAUUUUGUUAUAUAUACAAUUAAUUAUCAUAUAUAUAAAUAUUAUUAAACAUAUAUUAUUAAGUACAAUUAAAUGCAGAAUGUUCAUUUAAAAAAGGGAUAAGAUAAGAAAACAAAUAGUAAAUUUUACAUAUAUUAUAUGAUUGAAAAUAUUUUUACUACACUUUGUUAAAAAUAUAUGUAAUCACGAAACUUUUUUUAUUACGUGACUUAAUUUGAAGAUUGAAUCGUAAUUUAAUUCGAUUAAGGUCAAACAUUGCUCUCGUAAAAUUUAUCCUGUUAUACUCGUGUAAUUCCAAACAAUACAAUUAUAAUUUUAUUCAAUUUAUAUUAAUGUAUAAUAUAGAUUAUAGGUACUAUUUUAAAGAAGUUUAAACUUAAUGUAAACUAAUACAUUUAAUACCUAUUUUUCAUAUGCUAGUAAAUGUAUUAACUUCAUUUUAAAAAUCAGUUUUUAUUUUUAGAAUGGAGUACAUCAUAAAUUGAAAAAUCAAUUUGUAUCUUCAAUUACAUUAUAUGCAUUAAUUGUUUUCGUAACAAGAAGAAUGAAAUAUAAAGAAAAUACUUUAUUCAAUGCCAAUAAAUAA